UAGAGGCCAAAUUUUUCCAAAAUAUAUUAACACAAUUACGUCCUGAACCAGAAUAUUUUCGCGUGGGCUUUUAUGGUUUAGGAUUCCCACUUUUUGUGCGGAACAAACAGUUCGUUUAUCGUGGACUUGAAUAUGAACGCAUCGGUGCAUUUACACAACGUCUACAAACUGAGUUUCCUACCGCACAAAUUCUUAGUAAUAAUAAUCCACCUGAUAAUAGCAUUCUUACGGCAUCGGAGCAAUAUAUACAAAUUAGUAAUGUUCGUCCUCUAGGUGAUGCUCAAGCUUUGAAAACAGCUAUGGUACCAGUGCCUGAAAAAAUUGCUAGAUUUUAUGAUGUAAAUGAUGUCACCCGUUUUAUAUAUGAUCGUCCAAUUUACAAGGGACCAAUUGAUAAGGAUAAUGAAUUUAAGUCUCUUUGGGUUGAACGAACUACACUCGAUAUAGCAAGUCCCCUACCAGGUAUAUUGCGUUGGUUUGAAGUAAAACACAAAUCCGUGCAAGAGAUUACACCAGUAGAAUUCGCUUGCGAAACUAUGAAUAAUGUUGGCAAAGAACUUUGGGAUUUGAUUGUGCAAUAUCGUAAUGAUCCAAAACGAAAUAUAAAUCCAUUCUCUAUGCGUUUGCAAGGUAUUAUUGAUGCUAAUGUCAUGGGAGGUAUAAGUAAAUACCAAGAAGCAUUCUUUUCUGAACAAUUCAUAAAAUCACCGCAAGGACAGGGACAACAAACAAACGUGCAAAAAUUGAAAGCUCUCAUAUUGGAACAAAUACAAAUUUUAGAACAAGCCUUGGAAUUACAUGGGCAACUAGCACCUGCUGGUGUACAACCCUUGCAUAAUCGACUACUGGAACGUUUUUCACAAUUAAAACAAAGCCUUUCGGGUAUGGGUCGUUUAAAGCGGCAACAUUCUGAAAGCAUUGUUAAUACACCAUUACCACCUCUGCCUACAGAAAAACGUACAUUAAGUUUGGGUAGUAAUGCGGCUCCACCAACACAUGCAUUGGCACCACCAACAUCUUUUGCUAACUCUAACUAUUAUGGUGUUUAUGAGCAUGAUGAUAUUUAUACACGACCUGGUGAUACAAGACCAGUAGAGAUCACUAACCUAAGUUUAAGUUCGUUAGCUCAUAACUCUUAUCAAACAUUAAGCAAAGAAAGUCUUAGUAUACCAGAAAUAACACGCGAUCAACAAGCACCACCACCAGUACCAAAUCGACCGCGUUCACAAAAUUUUGUAAAUUCUGCUGUCGAUAGUCCAGAAGUGCCACCUAAAAAGAAUCUCAAUCAAUUAAACUCACCAAACGCACCACCAUUACCACCACGUGGCAUUACACCCGAUAAGCGUGCUUCAAAUCCUUUGGUAUUCAAUGAUUUUUCAAAUUCUGAUGGUACAAGUUCCAGCAUGCCACGAAGGCCACAUUCUUCACUGAACCAACAUCAACAACAACAACAACAACAAAAUUCACAAAAGUAUUCCGUGGUUGAUAUUAGUUUCGAUGAUCCAGAAGCGGAUCAACCACCACAUUCGCUUAAUCAUUUACACGAUCCUACACAUUUAAAUGUGGGCUAUACACCGAAUGAUUUUCGAGACUCUGGCAUAUCCACAACUAGCUCGCAUGAACUCAAUCAUCUUAAUAAUUUAAGCGAAGAAUCAUCAACGAACUCACUUAGUACUGUACACCAAAGAGAACACUGCCGACUAUCAUCAAAUGACAGUAUAAAUGGUGCUUUUACUAUUAACACACAAUUGAAUAUAAAUCAUCGUGAAAAUUCUGCUAGUUCAUUUGAUAUAGAGGAUCUACCAAUGCCACCACCACCGCCAAUACCACCAAAAUCAUUAAAUAUAAUUACCGCAAACGAUUCAUCUUCAAUUGAAGAACAGCUUUCACCAAAAAUUACACAUAAUCAUUCCAUAUCUAAUCAUCAACAUAAUCAUCAUCAUCAUGUUCAUCAACAAAAUGGUAUUAAUGACGGUUAUGUUGCGCCAAAAAUAAAUACAAAUACAUCUACAGGCGAAAUUAGUGAUACAAAUGGAGAUGGUAACACUUUUUGAGUUGCAAUAUGUCGCU